AUGUCUGAUCAACUUACAUUUAACAUCAAGCAUGCUGGGAAAGUUCACCCCAUUAGUAUCACGGGGGAAACGACCGCUGGCCAGCUAAGGGAGCAGGUGGAAUCGCUUACGCAUGUGCCGCAGGAACGUCAGAAAUACAUGGUUAAGGGCGGAUUGACCGAUAAGAGUGCGAGCGAUUUAUCCAGUGUUAUUAAGGCUGGUUCGACGGUUAUGCUGCUGGGUACUCCAGACGCAAAUUUGAUUACGAAACCCAAGACGGCAAGCCACUUCAUCGAAGACUUGUCACCGGACCAGCAAGUUUCGAGGUUUAAUGAAUUGCCAAUUGGGUUUAAAAAUAUGGGGAACACAUGCUACUUGAAUGCCACAUUGCAGUCUCUCUUCAGAAUGGAUCAGCUGAGGGAGCUGAUUUUGAACUAUGACCCAAAGGCGUUUACCAACCUUAACCCACAAGACGAAAUGCAUCACAAACUUAUCCUCGAGUUAAAGCACUGCUUUGAGAGCUUGAAACAGAAGAACUACCAGUCUGUGUUGCCAAUUGUGCUCAUAAAUGUUCUUCGGAAAGUGUAUCCCCAGUUUGCCGAGAGGGACCCUCAGGCCGGAUUUUACAAGCAACAGGACGCAGAGGAACUUUUCACACAACUGUUCCACUCAAUGACCGUUGUGUUUGGUGAUAAAUUCUCUGAGGACUUUAGUAUCAAAUUCAAAACCACGGUGACGGACACACAAAACCCUGAUGAUGUUACUGUCAAGGAGGACGAGAGCGACGUUAAAUUGCAAUGUCAUAUUUCCGGUACGACCAACUUCUUAAGAAAUGGAAUCUUCGAGUCCCUGAAUGAGAAGAUCGAGAAAAGAUCAAACACAACGGGCGUCAACUCCAUCUACAAUGUGGAGAAGAAAAUUACGAAAUUGCCCAAGUAUCUGACUAUACAGUAUGUCCGGUUCUUCUGGAAGAGAUCCAGUAACAAGAAGUCGAAGAUUCUAAGGAAAGUUGUCUUCCCAUUCCAGCUGGACGUCAGUGACAUACUGACCCCAGAGUAUCAACAGGAAAAAAUCAAAGUGAGAGACGAACUAAGAACGGUGGAUAAACUGAGAGAGGAAAAGCAACGCGAUGCGAAAAAACGGAAGCUCGACGGUGGCGCCACUGUCACCGAGGGCUCCUUUGCCACCCCAAAGGAACAUUCGGAAACCGAACACGCUUUAGAGGCCAGCGAAAAGGAGUACUGGCGGGACGAAUUUAAGAAACAUUUCCCUCCGGAUUUACAAGCUGGCGAGAACCCAUCGUGUGUAUACAAUUUGGUAGGAGUCAUCACCCAUCAGGGGGCCAACUCUGAUUCGGGCCACUACCAAGCUUUCAUCAGAGAUGAAAACGACGAAAACGUUUGGUAUAAAUUCAACGACGACAAGGUUAGUAUAGUUGAAAAGGAAAGGGUGGAAGCACUGGCCGGAGGUGGUGAGAGUGACAGUGCGCUCAUCCUGAUGUACCAAGGUUUCGGUCUAUGA